UCCCGAGCCCUCCCCUGCCGGGGGGCCGGCUGGCAGGGCGGGGGGAACCCCUCUGGGAGAAGGGGUGGCCCGUUCGAUGAACAAAGGAGAUGGCCCGGACCAGCGCAGCCACUGCAGAGCAGCAGAAACGUUCCCUAAAAUGGCGGCCGGCUCUGGGAGGGCGGGGCUUCCGCUGGCGCGGCCCUGGAGGGGGCGGAGCUUCCGCUGGUGCGGCCCUCGGAGGGGCGGGGCUUCCGCUCGCGAAGGCCCGGGGCGGGGCGGCGGUGCAGGCGCCGGCUGGUCCCCAUGGCUGCCUCGCCGGAGCCCUCGGAGCCCUCGGAGCAGAAGGUAGAAUUAGAAGAUCAUGCGAUGUUGGAGUAGGAGGAUUUAUUGUCGUGACUUUAGGAUACUGGCUCCAUUGUAGGUAUAAUUAUGCAAAGCAAAGAAUCCAGGAAAGAAUCACCAGAGAAGGAAUUAAAAAUAAGAUUUUGUAUGAAAGUACCCACCUUGAUCCUGAAAGAAAACAAGCCAAGAGCAGCAGCAAUAGCACCUGAACAGUCUCGAGCAUAGAACCCAAAUACGACUACUGAUGUCAGUGUGAACCAAGAUGAGAUCAACUAUGUAAAACAUUGCAUGUACCAUACGGUUUUCAAUCAAGUCAAUAAACCAUGUGCAAGCUGUA